UCACAUUAUGCGUUUGGUUACAUAAACUUAUAUAUAACCUAUUUUUCACAACUCUCUUUUAAAAGUUAGAUACAUUUUACUUUGUUUUUCUAAAUUACAUUUUGCAUUCUUUUGUCUGCUCAAAGUCAUUGCUUUUCUAUCAAAACAUAGUCUUCUCUGGAUCUCUCUGUUUUCUGACAUUGCCGUGAAAGUCUCAAACGCUCAUAACAGAAAGAAAAAAAGAAACACUUUUGUCCGAAAGUGUAGCUCUUUGAAACGUGUCAGGGAAAGAGAAUCACACAAGACUCUCUCUUACCUCCUCUCUGUUUUGUUUCUGUGUAUAGUUUUUUUUUUUUUGCUUUCUUGGAAAAUGAUGUUUUAUGAAAAUGAAUCCAACCUGGACCGUUUCCUACGUUGCACAACACCAGUUGUCCCUUCGCUUUCUCUCCCAAAGACACAGAUCAAGAACCUGAAUAGUCUAUGGUACCCUUUGGAGAGCGAGAGCGUUGAGUAUUUCAGGUUAAGUGAUUUUUGGGAUUGUUUCGAUGAGUGGAGCGCAUACGGUGCAGGUGUUCCCAUCUUGUCGGAAAAUGGUGAUACAUUGGUCCAAUACUAUGUUCCUUACCUCUCUGCUAUCCAGAUUUUCACUUCUCAUUCUGCUCUUAUUGCCCUAAGGGAGGAGACUGAGUCUGGAGACUCAGGGAGCGAGACGUGUAGCGAGGAAUGGAGAUGGGAAGGAUGGUCUUCAUCAGAGGAAGGAAUGGAUCAUCAAGAACCUUUGGAUCGUCUCGGUUACUCUUACUUGCAGUAUUUUGAGAGAUGCACUCCUUAUUCUCGAGCACCUCUUAUGGACAAGAUCAAAGAGCAGGGAGAAAGAUAUGCAGGAUUGUGGUCACUGAGGAGUGUUGAUCUGUCUCCUGCGAGUUGGAUGGCUGUUGCUUGGUAUCCUAUCUAUCACAUCCCCAUGAACCGAAGCAUAAAGGACUUGUCUACUUGCUUCCUCACUUACCACACACUUUCUUCAUCUUUCCAAGAUGUGAAGAAAGAGAAGAGGGAAAGGAUAAGUGUUGGUGCAUUUGGGAUGGCCACUUACAAAAUGCAAGGGAGACUAUGGGACAAUGAUAGAUUGCUUUGCCUUUUGAGCGUAGCAGAUUCUUGGUUAAAGCAGCUAAGGGUCCACCACCAUGACUUCACCUACUUCACCACUACUCCUUAUCAUCUCUGAUAACAGAAUAGUGUUUUUUAGGUUCAUACUUGGUUAACAAUAUAAUUAGUUUGUGUUUUAAGAGUAGCUAGAGCUAUCCAACGUUAAUGAAUAACAUUUGGAACAUGCACUUAUUUUUUCUUCAAAAUGUUUUCUUCUUAGAUUUGGUUUUGGGUGUGCAUGAUGGAUGAUGGGCCUAAUACAUUUAAUCUCUUCUAAUGUUUUGUGUCUUUCUGAUUGUAUAAACUCCGGUUCUCUAAUUUUUGUUUAUAUACUCC